GCCCCACACGCCCCACAACCGUGUGAACCACCCGCGCGAACCACGCAGCAGAGGGAAGUGAGGGGGAGGCGCGCGAGCAAAAAGGAGAGACGCCCCCCAACUCUCCUCACUGCAGGGCUGGCCAGCCUGACUCGGGAGGCGCGUUCUGAGAGCUGCUGCCCCCGCCUCGCCUGCUGGCUCCAGCUGGGCCGGUGGCGGCGUGGCCCCGGCCGUCACCAGGGUCUUUCUGCAAGAUGGAAAGUGCAUUGCUUUUGUGUAUAGUCAUGUCCCAUUGGCAUUUCCUAAAUGCUUUAUUCACAGUUGAAGUUCCACAGCCACUGUACACUGUAGAAUAUGGGAGCAACGUGACGAUGGAAUGCAGGUUUCGAGUGAAUGGUCAAUUGAAGCUUCAAGAUUUAAGCAUCAUUUGGGUGAAAAAAGAGGAACAUACAAAAGAGGUUUACAAACUUCACAAAGGAAAGGAAAACUUUCAAACCCAGCACAGCAACUUCAGAGGAAGAGUAAAAUUGUUGAAAGAUAAACUGGAAUUGGGACAGUCAGUGCUUCAGGUCACCAAUAUAAAACUUACAGAUGCAGGAACUUACCGCUGUCUCAUUGGCUAUGAGGGAGCUGAUUACAAGACGAUCACUUUGCAAGUAAAAGCUCCUUAUAGAAACAUAACCAAAAGAACUGUGACUGCCCAGACGACUGCAGGACACAACAAAUGGGAGUUAACGUGCCAAUCUAAAGGUUAUCCUAAGGCAGAGGUUAUUUGGAAGAAUGGGGAACAUCAAGACUUAAGUGACAAAGCAAACACAAUUUAUGAAACAGGAACUGACCAACUGUACAGCGUGACCAGCACACUUAAAACCAACACAAGUAUUAAUGAGACUUUUCACUGUAUAUUUUGGAACAAGGAACUUAAAGAAAAUACAUCCGCUAUUUUAAUCAUACCAGGUUAUACAGUGGCUAGUCAAAGGAUUAAUAGUAGACGCUAUAUUGGAACAACUGUGGCUGUAUUUGCUGUCUUUGGAUCAUUGCUUCUAUUUAUGCUCUGGGUAAAAAAGGUUGGAAAAGAUCAUGGCAAUGAGACAUGUACAAAUAAUGUAGCAGUGACAGUGACAAAAUUAUUGACAGUUGAGGAAGAGGUCGAUAUCAGGGAGCUUUCUCUUGAGGAUGGAAAACUAAAAUAUAUACGAAUUGAAGUGACUUAGGUAACAUCAGCAGCAGAAUGUGCCCUUCAUUGAAUAUGUUCUAAAGCUCUGAGGGAAGGCAGUAUUUUAAAUAUUAUUUUAAAUUUCCUGGCCUGAUUUGCCUUUCAUUUAUACUCAUGUAAAUUAGGAGCAACUUUACAGAAGCUUAAGCGUCUAAUUCUGAUGUAAAACUGAUCAGAAUUAGACUCUCUGUGUACGUAUGUGUAUUUAUUUAAGUUCCUCCAUGUCUGAUUUGUUAAUUACGCAUUUUUGUGAAUGUUGUUCAGGAUUAUUUUUAAUACUUUCAUCAAAAAAGAAAGCACUUUAAGUCCCUGACAAAUGUAUUUCAUCUUGGUUUUAAAAUAUUCCAAAUUUCUCUGAGAUCUAAAUUCCUUGCUGAGAUUCUAUCACUUCCAGCCUCUAUGGAUGAAGCUGUCAACACUUUGACCCACACAAGAAUAUGGAGGAGGCUGAAUAUAAGUCAUGUGGGUCACCAUCACUUCUUAUUGCACAUUUUAAAAUAUUGGAUCCCAUUCAGCAUUUGAAGUUGAGAAAAAGCUAUUUAAUCUGUUUGGCAACAUCACUUCCUCUUGGGUUGGAAGUCAGCUGAGUAUCUUUUGCACUUUGAAGACAUUUGAAGAGAGUUAGAAGUUCUACUGUUUAUCGUUACUAAAGAUAUAGUUAGCACUACCAGUUUGCAACUGGUCACUAUUUUGGUCAACUGUCUGAAAGGCAAGACUUUUGACAUUCUAGAAGAAUAGCCUAUGGAGUGGAGUAUUUUGGAGAUUUCCAUCUUUUGAAACAGUUCGGCUGGAACAUCUGCUCUUCUACGAUACAAAAAAGACUCUAAUGAAAACAUUUAUCAUGCAUUUUUGGAGCACUUUUGGAUUCUAAGUAUCAUGAAGCCGUGGUUGGUUUUGCAAAGUACCUUCUUUUUUUUGACUACCAAUGUGUCAUAAAUUAUUAGUAUUAUUUAUUACAA